AUGAGUGGAAGAUAUCAUCACAGAGAGGAUGAAGAUGGUUCUGGAUACCAUGAUAAAGGUAGAGGAAAAGGUAAAGGUAAAAAUAAAAAUAAAGAUUGGAGAGAAAGAAGCUCCAACUCCAAUUCUAACCCACAUCAACGAUCUCAAUCUGGUAAAGGUAGGGGUAAAAAUAAAAAAUUGAGAGAAAUAAGCUCCAACUCCAAUUCUAACCAAGAUCGACGAUCUCAACCUGAAAGACCCAAUCGUGGAAACUCCCAAAACAUAAAUUAUGGGAGAAACAACCCAUCUAUAGAUAGACAAAAUGACAGAAGAUACCAAUAUGACUUCCAAAAUAGAGAUCAAAGAACCAUGGGAUACCUAGUUCUUAAAUCUCUUCUGGAGUUAGAUGAUAUUGAAGCAAUAAUUUUGAAGAUCUCUGAUUCCAAGAAAGGGUUCACAAAACUUCUCGAAUCGGAUAACAUAACAUCGGACGUUAUGGUGUUUAUUGUCAGAGUUUUGAGCAAAAUUGCUAAGAGUAGCAGAAAACAGCAUCUAAUAAAGUAUAUGAUGAUAGGAUCGUUUGUGCAUCAACUUACUAAGUAUGUUGUCUCAAUUGAACUUCAAGAGGAGAAGGAUAAGCGAUUUAACCAUGAAUUUUGGAAGGAUUCUGGCAGGUUUUGGCAAGAAGUCUCCACUGUGUGCCAGGUUUUGUUUGAGAUAUCACCGUUAACAGCAUGCAAUAUGACGCCAAAACUGUUAAAAACAUUGAAAAAAAGCAUUUCGCGAGUCGAGAAGGAGCAUAAGAUCCACAUUUCCGAUUUCAUCAAAGUAAACAUCGAAAGUUUGAGCGACACUAUCGAGGAACGGAUCAAAGAGAUCGAAAGCAAGAAACAAGUGUUGAAAGCAGACCCGACCUAUGAGGAAGUGUAUGUGCCUCCACCUGAUGAUUACCGCGAUAUAAACAUCUACCCCAGCGGCGAGGAGAUCACGAACCCCCGCAGAACCUUCUUCCUGAACAAGAACCGCUCCGUGGGAAAGUACGGGAGCGUUAGCGAGUACUUGGACGUGCAGUUCCGACUUCUGCGCGAAGACUUCGUGGCCCCGCUGCGCGAAGCCGUUUGCAGCUACCUGGAGCAGAAGGGCGAGAAAAUCACCACGGUCAAGUUUUACCAGAACGUGCAGUUCCUGAACAUGGAGUCGGUGAACGAGGCGCAAUGUUUCAGGUUGCAGUUCGAUUUCCAGACGGGCAGGCAGAAGAGAAAGGUGGAUUAUGCGCAGUCGAAGAGAUUCAUGUUCGGCUCGCUGCUGUGCUUCACGCAAGACAACUUCAAGACCAUAAUUUUUGGCAAGGUGGCACAAAGAGAUACCAAGGAUCUAGACAAGGGCCAAUUAAUUGUUGGCAUAGAGUUCGGUGUCCCCAACAAAAAGCCAUACCUAAUGUUAGAAUGCGAGGUGUUCUUUGAGCCGUACUACCAAGUUCUAACAGUUCUCCAACAAAUGGACUUCAACGAUUUUCCGAUGAAAAGGUAUUUGGUCGACGUGGAAUCCGACGUUCGUAAGCCCGAGUACCUUAUAAACAGUGAACAACCCAUCUAUUACACUAUAAACUGCAAAAAAAUUUCGCCUUUAAAUUUUGAAGAAAAAAAUGUCUACGAUUUAAACGAGUCGCAGCUGAAAGCUUUCAAGGCGGCCCUUAAAAAAGAGCUGGCCAUCAUCCAGGGUCCUCCGGGCACCGGAAAAACCUAUGUCGGUCUCAAAAUCGUCGAAACUCUGCUCGCUAACCACCAUGCUUGGUACAAGCGCAGCCCGAUUUUGCUGAUUUGCUACACGAACCACGCGUUGGACCAAUUUCUGGAGGGCGUAGUUCGAUUUACCCAUCAAAUACUGCGCAUUGGAGGCCAAUCCAAGAACGAGGCGCUAGCCAAAUUCAACAUUCGACACAAACAACACGAAAAUAAAAAUGAAAACGCUGUGGGCCAGACACGGAUAUAUUUGUCCUACAUUGUUGGACAAAUCAAGCAGAAGAAUGGUCUAUUGAAAGAGGUUGAGUCGUUCAAUAAAGUCAUGUUAUUUGAACAUUUCAAAGAAAUUAUUCCUAAUUAUGAGGGAACAUGGUUCGCUACUGCCAGCAACAAUGAUUUAAUAAGAUGGCUGAUGGAAGCAAAGCCUGCUCAUAAUGUGGAGGAACUGGGGAUAAAUCAGCAUGAUCCAGAAACAGCACCUAUUCUAGGUGAUGAAAAAGAAGUCGUUGAAGAACUCGUAGACAAUAAUGAUGAGGAAAACAACGUAUGGGACGAUAUUUUGUAUGAAGAUUUUGAGAUGUUUGUAAAACCGUUAAUAGAUUUAACACAAAUUUGGGACAACAUAAGAAAAUGGAAAUUCGAAUUAGAAUCUGUAUGUAACAAUCAAAACAACGAUGAUCUAAAAAUAGAAGAAGAAAUUGUUCAACUAAACUACGAAAUCGAAGAAAUGACCGGCGACUACAAUUUUUUACAAGAAAAAUUGACUUGGGGCUGGAAACAAAACUUCAACGUGAAAAUACCGGAGGAGUGCGACUUCUACCAGCCCGAGGAGAUGCCGCCAAAUUUGCGUUGGAAAUUGUAUUUCCAUUGGAUUCAGGAGCUCAGAGCAAAGCUGAUCGUCGAAAAGAACGAAUUGGCGGAAUUGUAUCGCGAAAUCUACGCGGAAUUGAUCGAGCUUAAGUCGAUAGAGGACGCCCAAAUCAUGAAGGAACAUCUUGUCAUUGGCAUGACCACCACCGGCGCCGCCCGUAUGAACUCCGCCCUUCAAGCUAUCCAGUGUCCCAUAGUCAUUGUGGAGGAGGCAGCGGAAGUGUUGGAGGCCCACAUCGUCAGCGCCCUCACUCGGCACUGCCAGCACCUGAUUUUGAUCGGCGAUCAUCAACAACUGAAGCCGAGCACGGCCGACUUCAAAAUGGAGACCAAAUUCAAGCUGGGCGUCAGCCUUUUCGAGCGCAUGAUCAACAACCAGAUCAAGUGCCACACGUUGAACGUGCAGCACCGGAUGCGACCGGAAAUAUCCGCCCUGGUCUCCCCCACUAUUUAUCCCAACCUGCUGAACCACGUUUCCGUGCAGAAUCGACCCUCGAUCGCCGGCAUAGAGAAAAACCUGUUUUUCAUCGAUCACAGGCACCCGGAGUCACAGUGCGACGACUCCAGCAAGAAGAACAAACACGAGGCGGAAUUUGUGUUGGCCCUUGCCAAAUAUUUGAUACUCAACGGCUACAAGGCCAAACAAAUAACCAUUUUGGCGGCGUAUAUGGGCCAAAUGUUCGAAAUAAUAAAGCUUAGGGAAAAGGACGGGCUGGAUCUUCUAAGUGACAUAAGAGUUGCCGUUUUGGACAACUACCAAGGAGAAGAGUGCGACAUAAUUCUGUUGUCGUUGGUGCGCUCCAACACUGCCAAUUCCGUCGGGUUCUUGAAAAUCGAGAACAGAGUGUGCGUGGCUCUUUCCAGAGCCAGAAACGGUCUAUACAUCAUCGGUAACAUGGAGUUGCUGGCUGCAAAUAGCGAGAUUUGGCCGAAAGUAAAAGAAACGCUGGUAAAUCAAGAAGCCAUUGGAGAAAGCUUGCCCUUGGUGUGCCAGGUCCAUCCCAAUAAGAAAACGCUCGUUAAUUGUAAGGAAGAUUUUUUGCAAGUUAAAAGAGGUGGCUGCGAUUUGCAAUGUAAUGGUUCGUGGUCGUGUGGACACGAAUGCAAAAUGCUUUGUCACGUGAUAAAUAGAGACCACGCUGUAUCGCGUUGCUUGGAACCGUGCACAAAGUUGCUGUGCGACUCGAACCCGGAGCACAAAUGUCUCAAAGAAUGCUACAAGGAUUGCGGGCCGUGCACGUACCGCGUGCUGCGAGAUUUGGUGUGCGGCCACCAGGUGUCGCUCGAGUGCCACAUCGACCACACGAACUACAAGUGCCGCGAACCGGUCAAGACAAAGCUGCCCUGCGGCCACGAAGCCGACAAGCCAUGUCACAUGCACGUUGAUAAAUUCCGGUGUCCGCUUCCGUGCGAUUACCAAUGCAGACAACCCUGUCAGAAGUUUAGGAAAGGCUGCACGACCGAGGCCGAUCACCACCGUUGCCGCAGAUUAUGUUUCCAGGAGUGCGAUCCAUGUCUUGUGGAAGUCAAGAAGACACGAACCGUUUGCCCCCACUUUUACAGGGUCCCUUGUAAUUUGGACGUUGAUAAGAUCGUUUGCAAGAAACCGUGCACCAAAACGGUGCAAUGCGGUCACAAAUGCAAGAAUAAGUGCUCGGAGCCCUGUGGUUUGUGCACUUACAAGGUUGAUAAAGUUGUUCCCGAUUGUGGUCACAAAAUAAAGGUAGCCUGUCAUGAAGAAGCCGAUAGGAAAUUUUGCUUGGGACAAUGUCCGAGACAGUUACAAUGCGGACAUACGUGCACAAAAAGGUGCAAGGAGACUUGCACCACCGAAUGCAAAGAAAUUGUUGCAUGCGAGGUGAAUUCGCCUUGCGGCCACGUCAUAAAACAAAUGCCGUGUUAUAUAAACACAAAAGUGACGCGUGGCUCAACCGAUAUAAACUUGCUUGAUUUUUGCAAGGAACCGUGCGGAACGACCCUAAAAUGUGAGCACAAGUGCCUGGGUUCGUGCGGCGCAUGUUACCAAGGUCGCAUACACGUCAAGUGUGCCGAAAAAUGCGGAGUUCCGCUGGUAUGCAACCACGAGUGCACGGUUCCGUGCCGGCAGGCUUGCAAACCCUGCCAGAAAAAGUGCAUAUACCGUUGUCCGCAUGACAGAUGCGGAAGAAAGUGCGGACAGGAGUGUACUCCUUGUGCACAUCGUUGCGAUAGAAAAUGCGACCAUCAGCAGUGCACCAAAAAAUGCGGAGAAAUUUGCACGGUACCUCCCUGCGAAAAGCCUUGCGAUAAAAGCCUUAAAUGCGGACACCCCUGCGUCGGGUUCUGCGGAGAUCCGUGUCCAACUUUGUGCCGCAUAUGCGAUCAAAAGGAGCUCACCGAAAUAUUUUUCGGAGACGAAGACGAACCGGAUGCACGAUUCGUGCAGCUCAAAGACUGCGGACACGUGCUGGAAAGCAAAGGCCUGAAACGCUGGUUUAUGCAGACCGACAGUGAGAUUCAGGUGAAAGCUUGUCCGAAGUGUAAGUCACCAGUCGUAGAAACUUUGCGAUUUAGCGACUACCUCAAACAGGCGAUGUUGGACGUCGAAAAGGUCAAGCGGAAACUCAACGGAACAUACAAUGACAACGAAAUGAAGAGAUUGGAGCUGCAUAAAACAUUAUCAAAUAUAUAUUCGAAAGUCAAAGAAAGUACACCAUUGAUUAAACCGUUCAUGCAAGACUUAUUGAAGCGCAUCACUCCAAAUACAAAACGUCGCAACAGGCCUCUACCCUCGGCGUCAGAAUUGAAUGCAAUUCAAGCCAAAAUACAAAUUUUUGAGCACAUUGCAAAACUUUGUCAAGUCGAAGGUGAUGAACGUGAUGUUUUAAGGCAGAGAUUUGGCUUGAGAAGGGUCAAUAGUAUUAGUUACCUUAUUGAGGAUAAAUGGGUAAUAAAUCAAGUCAAAAUGAUAAUGAAAGUGCUGGAAAACGACCUGGACGAUCGAAUCUCCGACCAGGAAAUCGACGACAUAAAUCAGGAAUUGACGAGGCAACAACGCAUUGUGCAGUUCGAACGAAUCGUCGCUAUUCCGCACUAUGGGCAGGUCGAAACGGAAGUAUUCGAACUUGUGCGCAUCAUCGAAAACGAUUUGUUUUCCAAAAUAAGGUACACCAAUGAAGUUGACGCCAAUAUAAUGAAGAAUCUAAAAGAACUAAACACUCGAGGGGCUUCGGUAGUGCAAAUAACUGAAGCCAAGCGUUUCAGCGUAGUUCAAGCGAUGGGCAUGGUAAAGGGACACUGGUUCAAGUGCCCCAAAGGGCAUGUCUAUGCUAUUGAAAAUUGCGGCGACGCAGUAAUGUCAGGCAAAUGUAACGAAUGCGGCGCCCUAAUUGGCGGGACCAAUUACGAACUUAGCAGGGGAAAUUUGCCUGCGCUCUAA